AUGCUCUCCUCAUCCGCCUCUUCAAAUACAUUGGCGCAAAGAAGAAGGUCGCUCAGCAGAUCAAUAAGAUCAUCACAGCAAUCACGCACAAUAAGGCGCAAAUUGGUAUUUGUCGGUGAUGGAGCUGUCGGCAAAUCAUCUCUACUAUCCGUAUACGCGACUGGAGACUUCCCAUCAGACUAUGUCCCGACAAUAUUCGAGAACUUUGUGACAUUUAUCGACAUUGAUGGAAAGGAGAUUGAGCUUGCAUUAUGGGAUACCGCUGGACAAGACGAUUAUGAUCGCUUGAGGCCGCUGAGCUAUCCAGACACAGACGUAGUCCUCCUCUGCUUUCCCGUCGACUCACCCGACGGCUUCGACAACCUGAUAGAAAAAUGGCUGCCCGAACUAAACCACCACUGUCCACACACCCCGAAAAUCCUCGUCGGUCUCAAAGCCGACCUCCGAGACAACUACACACGGGCAAUCAAAUGCAUUCGAUAUGCAGACGCUGAAGGUUUUGCAGACCGGAUUGGGGCUGUCAAGUAUUUGGAAUGCUCGGCAAAGACUGGAAUGGGUGUGCAUGAAGCUAUUGAGUAUGCUACGAGGAUAUCGCUGUUGCCGCAAAGGAGGAGGGGAAAGCUGUAUGGUGGGAGGAAGGCGGCUGGGUCCUGUAAUAUACUCUAG